AUGUCCUGCUACGAGCGAUGUCUCCCCACGUCCUGUGGCCCCACGCCGCUGGCCAACAGCUGCAACGAGCCCUGUGUCCGGCAGUGCCAGGACUCCACCGUGGUCAUCCAGCCCUCGCCCGUGGUGGUCACCCUGCCCGGGCCCAUCCUCAGCUCCUUCCCCCAGAACACCACCGUGGGAUCCUCGGCCUCCGCGGCCGUCGGGAGCGCUCUGAGCGCCGAGGGCGUCCCCAUCUCCUCGGGCAGCUCCUUGGGCUUUGGGGGCUUUGGCUACCCCGGGCUGGGCAGUGGCUACAGCCGGCCCUACCGGCGCUACAACGCGUCCCGCAGCGGCUUCUACGGGCCCUGCUAAGGCGGGAGGAGAAGACCGGGAAUGCUGAACCCCAACCCGUCCCUGGAGCAGGACUGAGCUCACGGUGUCCAAAAUGGGGUCAGAACCCCACAGCUCCGCCUGAAUGGAGUCCAUCAGCCCCUGGAAUGAGGCCACUGCUCCUGUGUUACUCCUGGGUGUUUCUGGUGCUGUUUGUAGCUCUGCUGAUCGGUGUAUUUGGUACUACCCGGUGUAAAGUUCUAAAUUUAAGUAUGAGGCGGGACGUGGU